CUGUCUCUCUCUCUCUGUCUCUCUCUCUCUGUGUCUCUGUGUGUCCAGGUCGUGUGGAGUUGAGAGAGGACACUAUAGAGUGUAUAUUGUCAGUAUCGUGUCUCCUCCAGCUGCAGCCGGUGGUCCAGGCCUGCUGUAACUUCCUCAUCAAACAGCUCCACCCUUCUAACUGUCUGGGGAUACGAAGCUACGCCGACACACAGAGCUGCUCACAGCUCCACCACGCUGCUCACAGCUUCACCAUGGAGAACUUUGUGGAGGUGGUGGAAGGUCAGGAAUUUCUCCUCCUCCCGCUAGAAGAGAUGGACAGAUUGUUGUCGUCCGACGAUAUGAAUGUUCCAGACGAGGAAACCGUGGUUACGGCGUUGCUAAGCUGGGUCCGCCAUGACGUCUCCACCCGGCAACCACAGCUGCCCUCGCUCCUCGCUCACAUACGACUACCUUUACUGGAAGCACAGUUCCUAGCAGACCUGGAGUGUAACCCUCUGCUCCGAGACAGUGUGGAGUGUCAGAGGCUUUUAAUGGAAGGUAUGAAGUACCAUCUCUUGCCUCACCGGCGCCCCCUGCUGCAGAGCCCCAGAACCAGACCUCGUAAAUCUACUGUAGGAGCCAUGUUCGCUGUAGGGGGUAUGGACGCUACCAAAGGAGCCACCAGUAUAGAGCAGUACUGCCUGCGUCGGGAUGCGUGGAGCCAGGUGGCGGUGAUGAGCGGGCGUAGACUCCAGUUCGGGGUGUGUGUGUUGGACCGCCGCCUGUACGUGGUCGGUGGUCGGGACGGACUCAAGACCCUCAACGCCGUGGAGUGUUACGACCCGGACGGUAACAGCUGGAGCGUCAUGACGCCCAUGUCCACCCACAGACACGGGCUGGGUGUGACAGUACUUGAGGGUCCAAUGUAUGCAGUAGGAGGGCAUGAUGGGUGGAGCUACCUCAGUACUGUAGAGAGGUGGGAUCCUCAGGCUCGUCAGUGGAGCUUCAUCGCCAGUAUGGCAACACCUCGAUCUACUGUCGGAGUAGCUGUACUCAGCGGAAAGUUGUAUGCAGUAGGGGGUCGUGAUGGAAGCUCCUGUCUGCGCUCAGUUGAGUGUUUUGACCCCCACACCAACAGGUGGAGCUGCCGCUCCGAUGGCGAGCGUCGCGGCGGGGUGGGCGUGGCUACCUGGAACGGUUUCCUGUACGCUAUCGGGGGACAUGACGCUCCCGUCUCCAGCCUGGAGUCACGACUCAGCGACUGUGUGGAGAGGUACGACCCCCAGACGGAUGCGUGGACGGCGGUAGCCCCCAUGAGUAUCAGUCGUGACGCUGUCGGUGUGUGUCUCCAUGGAGACCGUCUCUAUGCGGUCGGCGGUUACGAUGGAACGGUGUACCUGAACACGGUGGAGGCCUACGAUCCUCAGAACAACGAGUGGAGACAGGUGGCUCCACUGUGUCUGGGCCGGGCUGGGGCCUGUGUGGUGGCUGUCAAACUGUGAACACACACACACACCUGAACACUCUUUGGACCCUCCCCAUUCUUCCUUGUCUCCAGGGUUACCUCCAAUGGGAUGACGUUUAACGCCAACAUUCCACUAAAACCAGGAAGACAGACAUUAUAGACAUUGAGUUGGAGAGGAGAUUACUGACUACAGAUUGAAGAGCUCUCUCUCUCUCUCUCUCUCUCUGUCUCUGUCUGUCUCUCUCUCUCUCUCUCUCUCUCUCUCUCUCUCUCUCUCUCUCUCUCUCUCUCUCUCUCUCUCUCUCUCUCUCUGUCUCUCUCUCUCUGUUUCUCUCUCUCUGUCUCUCUCUCUCUCUGUCUCUCUCUGUCUGUCUGUCUCUCUCUCUCUCUCUCUCUCUCUCUCUGUCUGUCUGUCUGUCUGUCUGUCUGUCUGUCUGUCUGUCUCUCUGUCUCUCUGUCUCUGUCUCUCUCUCCACCUUCUUUAGAGCGCUCAUUAUUAUAAGAAAAGGAGAGGCACACACACACACACACACACACACACACAUAAUUUUGUAUUUCAACCCUUUUUCCUGCUGACAGAGGAGAGAGAUUUAGAGAUUAGACAAAAAUGAAGACAGGACAAAGGGGAGGGAGAGAUGGAGAGAGGGAGGGAGGGAGAGAUGGA